AAAAAAUAAGAGCACUGGAUGUUAGUUUCACCGUCUCUGUUGUCUUCUUUUCUCAUUUUCAGUUGAGAUACUUGAGAAAUCAAAGUUUCCACAAGCUAUGGAUAUGGAUAGAUUAGUGGACUAUCUGGGAUAUUCACCAAGAUCAACCUCACCACAUUUUGAGUUGUUUAAUGCCGCUUAUACUGGGAAACUCAAUCGCUUUAAGAGGUUGGCUUUGAAUAUUGCUGAAGGUGAAGGGGUUGGAGUAACAGAAGCGAUUGGAAAGGUUAAAGAUGAAGAUGGAGGAGGAUCUCUUCAUUUUGCUGCGGCAGGAGGAAGUUUAAACGUUUGCAGAUACUUGAUUGAGAAGUUGAAAUUUGAUUUAGAUUCCAAAGAUGAUAGAGGUAGCACACCCUUGUAUCGUGCAACUACAAAGCGGCGUUUCGACACGGUUAGGUAUCUUCUUGAAAAGGGUGCCAAUACUGAUGGGACAACUGAUAUGACUCACAAUCCUUUACAUUUUGCUGCAUCAUCAGGUGAUGCAGAUAUGAUAACCUUGUUACUUUCAAGGGGUGUUCGCGUAGAUGUUGCAACUAGGUGUGGCCCUGCCCUUGUGUUAGCUGCUCAUCAUGGUCUUCUAGAUGCUGUUAAAGUGUUGUUGGAUCAUGGUGCAAAUCCUAAUUGUGAGAUGUACUUGCAUAUGAAACCUCUAAUUUCAGCCAUUCUUGUCAAGUCACAGGGAUGUAUGAACCUUUUACUGCAGCAAGGGAUGACAGCAUUAGAAAUUGCCGCUAUUAAGUGCAAUUAUCAAAUUGUUGGGGUUCUUUUUCCUGUGACGUCUCGCAUUCCAACUUAUCCUGAUUGGAGCAUCGCCGGACUAAUAAGGCAUGUAAAUUCUGAUGCAAACAAAAUGCAGAGGGUAGUCCAUGUAAAGGAAAAAUUUCACCAGGCAAAAUCAAGAGGAAGAGAUGCAUUCCAGGGAGAGCAGUAUCUUACGGCAGCGCUUUGGUAUGAAGAGGCCUUGUCCAUUCUUCCCAAAGAUGCAGCUGUACUAUCUAACAUGAGUGCCUGUUAUGCGCAUCUGGAUGAUGGAGUCAAGGCGCUUGACUAUGCCACUAAAUGCAUAUAUGAAAGUCCUGAAUGGCCCAAGGCAUACUAUCGGUUAGGUGUCGCGCUCAAUAUACAUAAAAGGUAUGAUGAUGCAGCAGAUGCCUUUUUUAAGGGUUUGACGCUCGAUCCGAGAAACAAAGAGCUUAAAGAGGCCUACAUGUAAAGUUUUUACCUUGUCUCCAACAUCAAGAACCCUGAUUGGGAAAGCUAUUGAAGCUAAAUUGAACUCUAUCAGAGUGUAAGAAGAGAAUGCUGUGAAAUGUGGAGAUGAAAGCAUUAAAUUGACAAGAAGAUAUUCACAUGGGAACAAAUUAUGCAAGUGAAAGUAUAUACAAGCGUGCAAGACGUCAGUGGCUUUUUUUUAUAUGUAUAUAUAUCUAUAUGCACAUAUAUAAACAAAGUGGUGUAAUAACUGGGAAAUUGAAAUAACAGUCCAUAUUUAAAAGAA